GACAAGCUCUUGUAGCUCCUUCAUAAAGAGCUUCGCAACCGCAGACCUUGCUCUUUUAUACUCUGUGUGGCCCAAUCGCUCGUUUUUCUUGUGUUGUGCUUCUCUCUGAUUUGCUCACCUGUCAUCAUCAUGCAGUUCUCAUACUACAGCUUACUCGCUACAGUGGCGGCGCUCGCCUCGACAGCUACGGCUGCUACGCUGAAACACGUCAACUACGGCGCUUUCACCCAGACAGCCACAUACUCGGUAGCCAACCAGCUCGGCUUCUUCACGGCCUAUGGUCUCAAUGUCACGUUCCUGCAGGUACCCAACUCGACGUACGGGUACGCUCAACUUCUUAAUGGCGGCUACGACAUCAUGACCGGCACCAUCGACAAUGCUGUCAAUCUGAGGUUCAACUCGAACUCGUCAGUGACCGUCACGGGCCAGCUUGACGGCGGGCCAGAGUUGACCAUUGCAUCGAUCCCUUCCAUCACCAACAUCACCCAACUUAAAGGCAAAUCACUGAUGGUUGACUCACCUGUCAGCGGAUACGCAUAUCUCCUGCGCAAAGUUUUGGGCUUGUACGGUUUGUAUCUUGAGAGCGGUGAUUAUACAUUCCAGACCGUCGGUGCCACUGUAACUCGCUACGCCGACCUCGUCAACGGGUCUUUGCCCAACGGCACCGCUGUCUACGCCACAAUCUUCACAUACCCAUUCACCAGCGAGAGCAUCGUGCUCCCGAACGCUACACGACCCAACAUCCUAGCCAGCAUCUCCGACUUCAUCGAGCCCAUUACUAGUUCUGCAUUCACCAUUCGGACCGCCAACCUCAACAACGGCACCACACGAAGCCUAGCCCGCACAUUCACGGCGGCAAUGUACGCUGCGAAUUUGUAUCUUGCCGACUCGGACAACAAGAACGCCAGCAUCGGUGCCAUCGCAAAGCAACUCAAUGUCUCGACCACGGCGGCAACGUCCGCAUACAAGUCUGCUACGGACUCGAUCACGGGUGAGACGUCGAGCCCCGGUGGGAACUUCACGGUCAAUCGUCAGGGAAUCUUGAAUAUCAUCGACGUGAGAAGUCAGUUUGGUGGGUUCAACUCGACGCCCGCGCAUUUCAAUUUCGCCGAGGCCAUUCUGCCUGGAACGGGGAAACUCAUUGAUUACUCGCUGAGAGAUGAGGCUUUGGCGAGUUUGAUCUCGUACACCCCGAGCACCGCCUAGGUUUUUGCAAACGCAAGUCUUGACAUGAACUGCCGUGCCGGUAUAAGUCCCGGGUGAGGACAGUGUGACGUUGGUUUUUCUCUUGUAGAUAUACUUUGAUAGACUUGGAGGCUGCACGUUCGCCACGUUGCAGUUUUGCCAUGCUGCACCAAAAGCCCUUAAGGUGGUAAUAAUGGAUGAUCA